AUUUUUUCAAAUUCACCCACAACUCACCAUAUCAGCUCUUCAUCUCCCACAGCGGGUCAAUUCGGGUGCUUGACUGACAGAAUAUCUGAAGACCCAAACCGCAGCUGUCGAUUUUGAGACCGUUUUUAUGUUCUCGGCUCGUUGACUGGGUCGUCUUCCUCCCUUCUCCUCUCUCUCUGCUUUCCUCCACUAAAAUCCUCCUACCCCACGAGCUUUCCAUGACCGGAAACUGUUGAGCACGAGCGCAGGAAGAGUAGAGCUCAUGUAGAGAAACCCUGGCACCGACUUCACCGUCGUUUGAUCGAAAUGGACGGCGAUUAUGAAGGCUCCGCAUCGCAUAAGGCGCUCUGGCGCUCCGCCUCUUGGUCCGGCCGCACGUCGUUGGGGCCUCCCGGCAGGCCCCCGAAACCAUCCCGGCCUCUCCAGCCCCUCUCUAUCUCCCGCCAACGGGCCAUCACCGGAUGGCCCUGUCCUGCCUCCGAUGACGCUGGCCACCCGCCUCCAACUCCGUCAUCUGCCUCCUCAGAUGAUGACAUCGAGUGCUCCCGUGUGGCCGAACAUGUUUAUCUAGGCAGCGAGGCCGCCGCGCGUGACCGGGAGGCGCUGCGCAGGCACGGUAUCACUCACGUACUCAACUGCGUGGGCGGCGCUUGCCCGGAUUACUUCCGCGGUGAGCUUUUCUACAAGACGCUGUGGCUUCACGACUCUCCUGCGGAGGACAUCGCAUCAGUCUUUUAUGACGCCUUCGAUUACCUGGAGGAGGUCCGCGCCGCCCGCCCACCGGGCCGCGUACUUGUUCACUGCCGCCGUGGGGCUUCUCGAUCCGCCGCAAUCGUCAUCGCCUACCUUAUGUGGCGCCACGCUCAGCCAUUCGACGACGCCCUUCGGGCCGUACGCGCAGCUCGAGCUGCGGCUGAUCCCAACCUAGGGUUUGCCUCCCAGCUUCUGCAGUGUCAGGCCAGGGUCCUCCUGUCGCCAUCCUCUUCUGGCUUCCGCGCUUACCGCAUGGCUCCCCAUUCCCCCUCCGAUCCCUUUCACCUCGUUCCUAAAUCGAUCUCCACCCCUGCCCGACUCGAUUCUCGUGGCGCUUUUAUCCUUCACGUUCCCGCCGCUGUCUUCGUCUGGCUCGGCCGAGGUUGCGAUCUGGCCAUGGCUGAGGCGGCCGCAUCUGCCGCCCGCCAGGUUGCGCGAUACGAGCGCGCUCGGGGGCCUAUUGUGACCAUCAACGAGGGUUCCGAGCAUUCUGAUUUUUGGAGCGAAAACCUCUGCUUAGCGGGAGAGGUUGGACAGCGGAGAGUUGAGCUAUAUGAUAUCGAUUUCGAAAUCUUUCGCCGGGCGCUAAAAGGUGAAAUCGUGCCGUCACUUCCCUUGCCGGAGACUGUGGCCCCGAGUAAGCAGGAAACAAAUGAUGAAGAAGACGGCGAGCCGAGCUCGUACACUCCUUCAUCCCUGUCGGCUGAAACUGCUUCGAGUGUCACAACCUUCUCUCCCGCCUCAACUUCUUCAUCUGACGGUUACAAUUCCUCUCCGUCGCGCUCCCCUGUGGCUGAAUUGCUGAAGGUUCUGCUACCUUUAAACCAUACUUCCAAGCUGCCUCCUCUGCACCCUAGGAAGGGCAAGGAAAAGGAACCUUACAUGACAGUGCCUUCGCAGUCUCAUGCAGUUCGCAGAAGUGGAUCUGCCCCGUCCUUUCUUCUGUUACUGCGUUCGGAGAUGGAAGUCGAGUCCGAUUCAGUGCGUUUGGGUACCACCGAGGUUGAGGACGACAUUAGUACCAGCGAUUGCUGUUUCUUAAGUCACCCUUUUCUUUUCAAGUGGCCUGGAAUGGAAAAGGUAGAAGAAAUUCAUGGCGGGGCACUUGAUUCGAGCUCCGUGUUCAUGCUGCUGGCACCAAAUUCUUCAAGUUCUUGCAGGAGGAGGCAGACGACAAACAUCCUCUAUGUGUGGCUAGGAAGGAAUAGCGAUCCAGUUAAAGUUAGCACCUUUUUCGAAUCAAGGAAAGAAGAAGCUCAUGGCGAAGCUGAUUGGGAGAAGAUCACCACCGAUUUUCUUGAUCAAAUGGGGCUUCCAGUUCGUUUUAAUGUACAGGUAGUUGAAGAGGGAGAGGAGCCAGAGGAGUUUCUAACUCAUCUCUUUUCUUUUCAACAAAUAAUAGAAAGCAGAAACGGAUGAGGUGAUUGAGAAGCCAAUAACUGUGGUUAAGUUAGAUUGUGACUAUAGUUCUGGUAUGUAUGAUAUUCCAUUGAAAUAUAUUGUAUCAUCAUGUAUUUAACCCUAUAAGUUGAAGAUAGGAAUUUUCUUUUUUAAUUCGUUCAGUAAAAUAACAGUGGCUUAUCAACACUUGUUUUUCUUUCAAAAA